UUGCCUCCUGAGGAUUUGAAGCCUUUUCGUUCGUUGGGUCCCGUCAACAGGGUUGUCGUCUUCACCUUGAGUCAUGGCCUCUGCUGGAUUCCAGAUCAUGGGCAUGGCCCUGACAGUGGUGGGCUGGAUCGGGACCAUCAUAACCUGUGCCCUGCCCAUGUGGAAAGUCUCCGCUUUCAUUGGCAACAACAUUGUCGUGGCGCAGAUCACCUGGGAAGGGCUGUGGAUGAACUGCGUGGUGCAGAGCACCGGGCAGAUGCAGUGCAAGGUCUACGACUCCAUGCUGGCCCUUUCUCAGGAUGUGCAGACGGCCCGUGCCCUGAUGGUCAUCUCUGUGCUCCUGGCUGCUCUGGCUCUGAUGGUUGCCAUCGUGGGGGCCAAGUGCACCAACUGCGUCGAAGACGAGGACACCAAGGCCCGCAUAAUGAUUGUCUCUGGCGCAGUCUUCAUCGUGGCAGGGAUCCUUUGCCUCAUCCCCGUGUGCUGGUCAGCCAACACCAUCGUCCGCGAGUUCUACAACCCGAUGGUGAUCGACGCCCAGAAGAGGGAGCUGGGAGCUGCCCUUUACAUCGGCUGGGCGUCUUCUGCCUUGUUGAUCCUCGGAGGAGCUCUGCUCUGCUGCAAUUGCCCCAAGAAGGAGGGCAACAACUACAGCGCCCGCUACACGGCCGCUGCCUCUCAGCCCCACAGCGAUUACCCCAGCAAGAACUACGUCUAGGAACACCACCUCCGGAAAACAAAGCUGUCAUCACUACUGCUUGGGUCCUCUUUGGAGGAGCCGAGAUGCAUCUCUCCUGGGGCUCUGCAGAGAAUAUCCAUCCAUCCAAAGAACAGAACAUCUGAUAGUCCCAUCACUUUCCAAUGUGCUUGUCCCAUCAGUAUUUUCCCCCACCCCCAAAUGUUACCACUACAUUAUUGUAUGGACUUGCCUACGGAAGUCAGAGCUCUGCUUCUAGAGAACAUUUUCUACUCUUAACUGGUUCUCCUCGAUGUAGGUAGAAGAGAUGUUGGACCUCGGGGGGCAGGAGAAAGUCAUUUCCAAGUAGUUCUUAAUGAUCAAUGUGGUUUUUGUUCUUAGGUUUCCUGGGUGCUCAUCAGGAGACUAAAACUACUAAUAUUGUCCUGGACGUCACCGUUCAAUAUGGUCUCCAUUUGGGGGCAGAAGUAGGUGGUGGAAACGGGUACUCCAGAAAUGAGUUUAUAAAGCUGUGAUGUGUUGUACGAUGUUGUUUGUAAACAAAGGUGAUGUGGUCUUUUUUCCCAUUUUGCUAACUCACUGCAAUUCACCAUGCAUGCAUUUCAUAUUGAAUGCCAUUUUAUUUCUGUUUUUUAUUAGUAUGACCUGAAUAAAAUUUACAGGCUUUUGUAUAAA